AUGGCGACCGAAACCCACGCACUGGUGUCCUACCCCGUUGACAGCACCACAUUCAAGCCAGACUGGCGGUUCGGGAGUGUCAAACUCCUACGAUCACCCAAGGAGCACGAGCUGAAGAUUCGGAUGGUCGCCACCGGGAUCUGCCACUCGGACAUCGUGGUCGCGUCGAUCCCCAACCAGCCGGACCGCGGGUUGACGUUCCCGAAGGUGCUGGGCCACGAGGGGGCGGGGAUCGUCGAGGCGGUCGGCCCGGGCGUCACGGCCGCGCAGGUGGGCGACCCGGUCAUCCUGUCGUACAGCCACUGCAGCGAGUGUGACCUGUGCAAGGUCGACCAGCAGCCGUACUGCCUGAACUGGGCACUGCUGAACAUCGUGGGCGAGAAAGGCCACUUUGAGACACAAGCCGAUGGCGAGGACGCGCCGGGGAAAUUCUUCGGGCAGAGCUCGUUCGCGGGGACGAGCAUCGUGAGUGAGAAAAGCGUGGUCAAUCUCAAAGGUCUGGUCAGCUCGGAGGAUGAGGACGAGUUGAAGCUCCUCGCGCCCUUGGGGUGCGGGCUGAUGACCGGGUCCGGGGCCGUUAUCAACGGCGCGGGCGUCAAGCCGCACGAUAUCGUCCUCGUCACGGGUCUUGGUGCCGUGGGGAUGGGCGCUAUCAUGGCGGCCAAGAUCGCAGGGUGCAGGGAGAUCAUCGCGCUGGACCGCGUGGCGCAUCGGCUGGAGACGGCCAAAGAGCUGGGCGCCACGAGGGUGCUGGAUACGACGACCACCCAGCAAAAUUUCGCGGAGGAGAUCCAGAAACUGGUGGGCGGGCAGCGCAUCUCCGUUGUUGUGGAGACCACGGCCGCGGUGCCGGUCAUCAAUGAGUCGCUCAAGUCCCUGGGUAAGCAUGGCAAGUUCAUCCAGCUGGGCGCGCCGGGGUAUGGCACCGAGAUCACGCUCCCGCUGCAGCAGUUCUUCACCGAGAACAAGUCCUUUGAGUGCCAAUAUUUGGGGAAUACGACGGGCCAGGCUUGGGUUCCCGUCAUGAUCAAGUGGUGGAGGGAGGGCAAGUUCCCUGUCGAGAAAAUUGUCGAGUACUUCCCGGCCAAGGAGGCGGUGCGGGCGAUCCGUCAGAUGGAGGAUGGAACGACGAUCAAGCCGGUGCUUGUGUGGUAG